GCUGGGAACAUGGGCUCCCCAGGGGUCUUGGCAGGCUGGGGGCUUCUGGAUUAUAAGACUGAGAAGUAUGUGAUGACCAGGAACUGGCGGGUGGGCGUCCUGCAGAGGCUGCUACAGCUUGGGGCCAUGGUCUACAUGGUGGGGUGGGCCCUCGUCGCCAAGAAAGGCUACCAGGAACAUGACCUGGACCCCCAGAUAUCUGUUAUCACCAAACUCAAAGGGGUUUCUGUGACCCAGAUCAAGGAGCUGGGGAAUCGACUGUGGGAUGUGGCUGACUUCGUGAAGCCGGCACAGGGAGAGAAUGUGUUCUUCUUGGUGACCAACUUCCUUGUGACGCCAGAACAAGUUCAGGACAGGUGCCCAGAGCACCCCUCCAUCCCGCUGGCUAACUGCUGGGCCCAUGAAGACUGUCCUGAAGGGGAGACCGGGACACACAGCCAUGGCAUAAAAACGGGCCAGUGUGUGGUGUUCAACGAGACCCAUAGGACCUGUGAGAUCCAGGGCUGGUGCCCAGUGGAGAGCGGCACUGUGCCCAUAAAGCCCCUGCUGCUCCAGGCCGAGAACUUUACACUGUUCAUCAAAACUACUAUUACUUUCAGCAAAUUCAACUUCUCCAAGUCCAAUGCCUUGGAGACCUGGGACAACGCCUAUUUCAAGCGCUGCCAAUAUGAUCCCCUCUCCAGCCCCUACUGCCCGGUGUUCCGCAUCGGGGACCUCGUGGCUGCAGCUGGAGGGGUCUUUGAGGACCUGGCAUUGCUGGGAGGUGCUAUAAGCAUCCACGUCCUCUGGGAUUGCAACCUGGACACCGGGGGCUCUGAAUGCCGACCCCAGUACUCCUUCCAGCUGCAGCAGAGGAGCUACAAUUUCAGAACAGCCAAUCACUGGUGGAAAGCCUCAGGUGUGGAGGCCCGGAGCCUGCUUAAGCUCUAUGGGAUUCGCUUUGACGUCCUGGUUACUGGGCAGGCAGGGAAAUUUGGACUCAUCCCCACGACCAUCACUUUGGGCACCGGAGCAGCUUGGCUGGGCAUUAUCACCUUCUUCUGUGAUCUGCUGCUGCUGUACGUGGGUGGAGAAGCCCAUUUCUACUGGACAACCAAGUAUGAGGAGGCAAAGGCCCCGAAGGUGACCGCCGAGCCUGAACAGACAGAGCCGGUCUCUGCACCCCCAAGCCCAGCUGCCCAGGUGGCUUAG